UUGGCAAGUAUCAACAAAUUGUACGUCAUCGAGUGUGUAUUAUCUUCCUGGUUGUUUGUAACAUGUAUUUUUUCUCAAUCGUAUUUAAGUUUAAGAUUAGGCCUGAGAGUUUCGGAAGGCUGUUGUUACUGCUGCGAAAGACAACCAAUAGUUGAUACGUAGACGUCGUGCAAGGUACGUCGUUCUGAUCGCUUUUCUCUAUCGAGCGAUGUUGAUAGCAGCGAAGGAAGGAAAUCAGUAUUUUUUUAUCUGUCGCACAAUUAUUCUUAAUAAUCGAUCUGAACAAAGUAACAACGAACGACACAACAGAUACAAGAGAAUCCCGAAAUGAAUUUAUCGUUUGCUGGCUGCGGUUUUCUUGGCAUUUACCACGUUGGUGUAGCCGUGUGCUUCAAGAAAUACGCUCCACAUUUGCUUUUGGAUAAGAUUAGUGGUGCAUCGUUUGGUGCUAUCGCUGCUUGUUGUCUUCUUUGUGAUUUACCCCUCGGGGAGUUCACAAGCAAUAUAUUACGUGUGGCACGGAAAGCACGGCAACGAACACUUGGUCCAUUUAGUCCAUCAUUUAAUGUACAAGAAUUAUUAUUAGAAAGUUUACAAAAGCAUGUUCCUAAUGACGCUCAUAUUCGUGUAAACGGUAAACUACACAUUUCCUUAACAAGAGUAUAUGAUGGACAAAACAUAAUUGUUUCACAAUUUUCUUCUAGAGAAGACUUGUUACAGGCAUUAUUGGCUAGUGCAUUUGUCCCAGUUUUCUCUGGUAUUUUACCACCAAGAUAUCAUGGUAUUAGGUAUAUAGAUGGUGGUUUUAGUGAUAAUUUGCCGACUCUUGAUGAAAAUACUAUUACUGUUAGUCCUUUUUGUGGAGAAAGUGAUAUUUGUCCUAGAGAUGUUUCUUCUCAACUUUUCCAUGUCAAUCUUUCCAAUACAAGUAUUGAACUCUCAAGACAAAAUAUAUACAGGUUUGCAAGAAUACUUUUUCCACCAAAUCCAGAGAUGCUCUCAAACAUCUGCAAACAAGGUUUUGAUGAUGCAUUAAGAUUUCUUCACCGCAAUAACUUACUCAAUUGUACUCGAUGUUUAGCUGUACAGUCCACAUUUGUGGUCUCGGAAACUCUUGACGAUAACAUGGAUUAUGAUCCUGAAUGCUUAGAAUGUAAAAUGCAUAGACAGGAAGCACUUGUUUCUAAUUUACCUGAGACAGUUAUGACUAUAUUUCAAGAUGCAAUUGAUUCUGCUAAUAAAGGCAUCAUUAAUUGGUUAUUUAAACAUCGAAGUGUAAAACUUUUAUCAUUACUUAGUCUACCAUGUAUAUUGCCAGCAGAUGUAAUGUAUGCAACUUUUACAAAUCUGAUUGGUAACAAGAUAGAAAGUUACACCUUGGAGUACAAUAUAAUUGGCAAUAUUCUUCAUACAUCUCCACAAAUGAUUUCUUGUGGUAGACAUAAUAUAACAUCUUCCCGGUUUAUUUUAAAUGUACCUAAAUUACGAAGAAAUCUAUUAGAAUUAAGAACAUUUUUCUUAGACCAGUUACGCAUGUUGUUGCCUAAAAUCAAUAUUUAUUAUCAACAAAUGCCACAGACUAUUAAAUGUGAAUUGGAUAUUACAGAAUAUGGUUCCAACAUAUACGAUAUGGAAGAGGCAGCUAAGACUGAUAACUUAUAUAAAAAUAAGAAAAAUCUAAAUCUAACUUUACAAUAUAAUAAAUUACAACCAUGGAAAGAGCAUAGUAAUACAUCAAAUUGUGUUAUAAAUAUGUCUAAUCUUUCAACUGUUGAUGAUACUUUUGAAAAUAUUCUUCAGGUAACUUCUGAUCAAGAAGCUGUAAUGGCAUAUUAUUACAUGGAUGAUAAUAACAAAGUACAAGUAACAGAAAUAUUUGACGUUACAGACUCUGAAUCACAUGCAAUGUUAUCUAUGGAUGAAAUUGAAAAUAAUACAAAGUUACAAUUUGAUGAAUGGGAUGAACCCACAUGGUUAUCUCAACAUACUCUCAAUGAUGCCGUAACAGAAUCUCUAUAUACUGAUGCAAAUCAAAGUAUAGAAAAUUUAUCAGAAAUGUCAUUAGAAGACGAUAUUUUGGGAGUUCUAAAUAUAUCUUCUGAUCCAGAAAGUGAAUGGGAAAUAAGUAGAAAUAUACAAACAAGAGUUUCUACUCCAUCAAAUUUUCAGUCGGAAGUGAAUUAACAACGAUUGAAGAUUUAAAGUAAAAUAAAUUUUCUAUAAUAAUUAGAAUGAAUAUUAUGUACAUAUGAUAUAAACUAUUUAUAAUUAAUUAUAUUAUCAAGUAUACAUAUUUUUGUAGUCAGUAAUAUUGGUGAUGUAGAAAGAAAUGAUACUAACUGUGCUCAAUAUUGAUAAUUUUUUAUGUUUGAAAAAUAAGUUGUUUAAGGAAAUGAAGAUUGUAAACAAGGACACUUUUAUAAAACGAUAAUGGUCUGUGUUAUGCACUGAUGAAUAAAAGAUACAGUACAAGUAUAAGAAUGUGAUAUAUAUGUAAAAGAAGUAUCUUCAACAGAGCAUACACAGUAUUUUAUUAUUAAUACAUCAUGAUAAGCAACAUUUAAAUUGUUAUUAAAUACUUGCAAGACAAGUAUGAAUAGAUCUC